GUGCACGGUUGCAUGCCAUUUUGGAACGCUGUGCGUAAGACCGUGACAAGAUGACUUAUGAUUUCGAGAAGGAGGGGAAGCCAGGCUGUUGGAGGAACAUCGAAUUUCAUUAUUAUCUAUUUUUGACAGCUUAAAUUUCUGUUAAUCUGAAUUACGAUGUAACUGUAGGACGUGUAGGCCGUCACGUUUUACUGAUAACGGGUGGUAAUCUUUUUUUAUGAGUUCGAUAAUUUUUUUUUCUCCCUCUUGAUUACGUGCCGUUAAAAACCGGCACGUAAGGUAGGUGCCGAGUGAGUUCUGGUUGGAAGGACGAGGGAAAGAAAGGGAGAGAAGAGCCGCUAGUGUGGAGGCAUGCCCACCUGAGGCCACGGCUACUUUAUAGUUAAUGGUACGGAGAAAAAAGCGGGGCCUUGUCCGUGUUCAGUCUCGUCUGGACAGUGGUCCUCGAUGGCCGUGGAUAAGAACAGCUGAAGAAAAUUAAUAGGAAGAGAGGGAAGCUCACCGGUUCAUCUGGUUGAUGCCCUCCACUCUUUCAUUUACCCGAAAGAUAAGGACGCCUUCUCAUUCUUUUGCAUAUAUGUAUCGGAUUAUUCGACGGCUUUCAGGGGUGUGUGUGUGUGUGUGUGUGCACCUGUGUAUUGGCGCUUCUUCGCUGUCCUUGUGAAUGGUUCUUCUCGGAUUCAUUUGGGCCAUAUGGUCCGGAUUACAAGUAACUUUUUUGGCGAUGCGGGGGCAAGUGAAUCCAGCUACCAACAUCUUUUUCGUACCCGACUCUGACGGAUGGGUCUACUAUCCGGCUGUGAUGGACGACCCGUCAAUGGAUCUCCGACCCUCGCUUACUCGACGCAACAUUCGCUUUUUCCUUUGGACCAGACAAAAUGCACACGUGGCCCGCGAGCUCUUCGUUGGCGAGUCGCGUCUCUUGCGUUUGUCAACCUAUUCGCCCAACAGGUAUACGAAAAUUCUCUUCCACGGAUUUACCAAUGAUGUCGUGUCGGAAUUUGUCAUCCAGACGCGCAACGCUUACCUGUCUGUUGGUGACUACAACGUCAUUGGCGUGGAUUGGAGUGAACUGGCCCGUGCUCCGUUUUACAACUCGGCCGCUACUAACACCCGUGACGUGGGUAAAGCAGCUGCCGCCUUAGUGGAUUUCCUUGUUAACGAAGGAACACCCAUCAGCUACAUUCAUUUGUUAGGAUUCAGUCUUGGAGCUCACGCGGCUGGAUGGGCCGGAGCAAGCGUCAAAGUCGGUACACUGCCGCGAAUCACCGCGUUUGAUCCGGCAUAUCCGGGCUUCGAUGGGCCUAAUGCUCGACGUCGGUUGGCCAAAUCGGACGCCAAAUUUGUCGACGUCAUCCACACAAAUGCUCGUGUCGGCCUAAGCAAUGCGGUCGGCAUUGAGACGCCUUUGGGUCACGCUGAUUUCUAUCCCAACGGUGGCUCCCGGAUGCCUGGAUGUAUUGGUUUCUCUUUUCAAACCAAUAAAUGCAGUCAUGUGCGAUCGAGACAAUAUUUUGUGGAAUCGAUUGUCCAGCCAUACGCUUUCGCUGCAGUACCUUGUUCGUCGUACAAAGAAUUUAUGAAGGGAACUUGCGGCAAUUGUGGCACCAAUUCCACUACGAAAUGCGUUUAUAUGGGUGAAUACCUCACAACCAGUGCUUCCGGGUUGUAUUUUCUAAGGACGCGGUCUUUUCGACCCUACUCACUGGACUAGCCUUACCCAGAAGAGAGACAACCAACGGGUUUUUAACUCCUUUUCUUUUCUCUUCUUUUGUUCCGUUCACACUUUCACACAUCCACGCAUUUGUUAUUCUAGUCAUUGACCACGUUAGCAACUUUUUUUUUUUCUUUCCCUCUUCCUAUUUUUACCUUUUAUAUGCUGCGUCAUCCGAGCAGAAAGCGCUCGAUGGCGUGGCAGAGGACCGUUUGCGAACGCCAGCGUUUUUCGUUCCCUAUUUUUUUUUCUUCUUAUCCUUCGUUUUGCCGUAAGUGAAGUGUGUUCUUUUUCUUUCGAAUCCAUUCAGGGCUCCCGUUUUGCCAUGCCAACGCUCUGCACAUUGACUCCCUUUAUUUUUUAUUAUUAUUUAUUUACAGACCCGUUGGUUUUUUUUUCUAUCAUUUUUUUUUUUAUUUGCUCAUAGUUUCUACCUACUGACGAUAGCAGACGUGUCUUAACGACUAUGCAAUCCACUUGAGCGCGAUAGUUUUUUUGUUGUACGUAUGGUCUUGUCACGAUUUACUUUUCCACUCGUGUUUUUUCAGCCUUAAAAGUGUCCAAAAUAAAAAUGCCAAUUGGGGCCA